UCCCAGUUACUACUGGGAAGACUAUAAGCCCUCUCGGCAACUCCGUGAUUUGGCCAUAACAGGCAGUUUCCGCAGGUUCCCGACGUGGAUUAAUUCCAUGUUUCUUCCGAACCUCUCCAUCCUAACCAUAUUCGUGGAUGAUUUGGGCAAGCAGGACGUGGUGAACCUUGGUAGUUUGCCAGAGCUUACUGUCCUUCUAGGGAAAUGCGUUCUGAGGGGCAUGGAAUUCCCUAAUGGUGCGUUGCGUUCCCCAAGUUGAGGAGUUGCACAUGCGAGGUGUCUCUCUGCGCCAUUCUGGUUUCUGCAAGGAUCUAUGGAGAGCCUUGAGAAAAUUACUAUCGUACUGCCACUGCGUGCCUUGAAGGAUGCCAACAUUGGUUUUGACUUUAUCGGUAGCCUGGGGAACCUCCCUUCGCUCAAGAGGGUAGACGCUCAUAUCGGCUGCAAUGGUGCCAAAUGCUUCUGAUAUUGAAAAGGUGAAGGCAGCGGUGAGGCAAGCAAUCGACACCCAUCCCAACCAUCCCACCCUUCAUCUCUCAGCAUAUGGUCGACCACAGACUGAUGAUGAAGAGGAAUCAGACUCGGAACAGACCAAACAGGAGUUUCUGCUAGGAUCUAUGGAGAGCCUUGAAUGCAUUGAUAUCAGAGUGCGUGUUUUGAACGUUGCCAGCACUGGUUUUGACUUUAUUGGUAGCCUGGGGAACCUCCCUUCGCUCAAGAGGGUAGGCGCUUAUAUCGACUGCAAUGGUGCCAAUGCUUCUGAUAUUGAAAAGGUGAACGCAGCUCUGAGGCAAGCAAUCGACACCCAUCCCAAUCGUCCCACCCUUGAUCUCCACCCAUAUGGUCUAUCUCAGACUGAUGAAGAGGAAUUGGACUCGAAACAGACCGAACAAGAGGUAAUACCACCCUCGUCUUUGCAUUAUACUACCUACCAGUGUUGGUACGUCUGGUCAGGUAAUCGACGACAACAACGACGAGCAAGAAGUACCGGACUCUGAGAAGACCGAACAAAAGUCCGACAACGAAGAUGAGAACCGUCCCGGACCUCACCUAACAGAAAGCAGCGAUUACAUCGCCGGCACAUCUCCUCCGGUGCCCGCGCAGCGACAGGCGUGGAGGCGGUGGGCGUGCUUCGCUUGCCUCAACUCAGGCAGCAGCAAUUCCGCUGCACCUGCCACAGCAGGUUCAAAGCAAUGUGGCGGUUCGGGGCAGGGGAUGGGUUGUCAGGAAGCAGAAGAUGAUAAUGAGGCUGCUCAGCCCUGAGUGAUAACGUUGCUCUGUUGAAUGAUCAGUUAAACUGCACUACUGUUAACGUUGCUGUUGUUCCUGCUAGGUUUUUUGCCCCGUAGUCUGUGUCUAUGGUCAUCAUCAGGCAUGGACAGCGGGUUUUCCUGGCUUUUUGCUAGAAUCCUCUUUUCCAAUUUCCUACUUCACUUUGUUAAUGCUGAGUACUGAAGUGGCAUAUGCCCAAUCCUAUUUCCCAUUUUCCUUGUUAAGACUUCUUCUUCUGUAAUAUUAAAACUGCAUGUUAUUCCUGCUAUUUGGUUUGUAAUAAUAGGAUAAGGAUGGUUCACCAGGUUUUUAACCCCGUUG